GUCUUAAAAUCAACAUUAAUUUGUGCAUGUGCUCAUGCUAUAAAUAACCACCCCAUAUUUCAUUCCUAGACAUUGCAAUCUCAAAAUUAUUCUCAUUCUUACAACUUAAUUCAAACAUAACAAUUUGCUUCUUCCUCAGUCUCUUUUUUUUUUUGAAUAUCUCAUCAAUUUCAUCACAUUUUUUUGGUAACCAUUUGUUACCACAUAAUUACAUUGCAUACACUACAUUAAUUUGAAAAACAAAUUUUUUAAAGUAUAAUAAUGGGAGUGAUGAGCAUGGAACAACCUCAAUUGUUGUCUAAGAUAGCCACUGGUGAUGGACAUGGUGAAACAUCAUCUUACUUUGAUGGAUGGAAAGCUUAUGAUAAAGACCCUUUUCAUAUUACUAAAAAUCCUCAAGGAGUUAUCCAAAUGGGUCUCGCAGAGAAUCAGCUUACCGCUGACUUGGUUCAAAAUUGGAUAAUGAGCAACCCAGAAGCCUCAAUUUGUACUCUAGAAGGAGUACAUAAUUUCAAAGAAAUGGCUAAUUUUCAGGAUUAUCAUGGUCUACCAGAGUUCAGAAAUGCUGUGGCUAAAUUCAUGUCUAGAACAAGAGGAAACAGAGUAACAUUUGAUCCUGAUCGUAUUGUGAUGAGUGGUGGAGCAACUGGAGCACAUGAGGUUACUGCCUUUUGUUUGGCAGAUCCUGGUGAUGCUUUUUUGGUACCUACACCUUACUAUCCAGGUUUUGAUCGCGAUUUGAGGUGGCGAACUGGAGUUAAACUUGUUCCGGUUAUCUGUGAAAGCUCAAACAAUUUCAAAUUAACAAAACAAGCUUUGGAAGAAGCAUAUGAAAAAGCCAAAAUUGAUAACAUCAGAAUAAAAGGUUUACUCAUAACAAAUCCUUCAAAUCCAUUAGGCACAGUUAUGGACAGAACCACAUUAAAAACCGUUGUAAAUUUCAUCAACGAAAAGCGUAUUCAUCUUAUAAGCGAUGAAAUUUACGCUGCAACGGUUUUUAGCCACCCAAGUUUCAUAAGCAUUGCUGAGAUCAUAGAACAAGAAACAGACAUCGAAUGUGACCGUAACCUCAUUCACAUAGUUUACAGUCUUUCAAAAGAUAUGGGAUUCCCCGGUUUUAGAGUUGGUAUAAUUUACUCUUACAAUGAUACCGUUGUUAAUUGUGCGCGCAAAAUGUCAAGUUUCGGAUUAGUUUCAACUCAGACUCAAUAUUUGAUGGCGAAAAUGUUAUCUGAUGAUGAAUUUGUUGAAAGGUUUCUUGCUGAGAGUGCAAAGAGGUUAGCACUAAGGUACAAAGUUUUCACCGGCGGAUUAAUCAAAGUUGGAAUUAAGUGUUUACAAAGUAAUGGUGGACUUUUUGUAUGGAUGGAUUUAAGAGGACUUUUGAAGGAAGCUACAUUUGAAUCAGAAUUGGAAUUAUGGAGAGUGAUUAUUCAUGAAGUUAAGAUUAAUGUUUCACCUGGUGUUUCUUUUCAUUGUUCCGAGCCAGGUUGGUUUCGAGUUUGUUAUGCUAAUAUGGAUGAUAGGGAUGUGCAAAUUGCAUUAAACAGGAUUAGAUCAUUUGUUAUGAAGAAUAAUAAGGAGGUUAUGGUUUCUGAUAAGAACACUAAACAUUGCUGGCAGAGUAAUUUGAGGUUAAGCCUUAAAACAAAAAGGUUUGAUGAUAUUAUGAUGUCAUCACCUCAUUCUCCAAUGGCUCACUCACCUCUUGUUAAAGCCAGCACUUGAAUUAAUUUGCAUGUUUUUUAAUAUCUUAUAGAUUAUGAAGAAAUAACUAUAGUAGAUUCUUUUGUUUGUUGAUUUGUUUAGUUAUUAUGAGAACCUACAAAUUAUGUUCCUGCCAAUGUUGGGGGCAUUUUUGCUUCUUUCACUUACAGAAUCUCACAUGAGUUUGUGGUGAAAGAAGUUUAUAGAAUUUGUAAGGUUAUUUACUUGUUUGGAAGGGUUUAGAAAAUAUCUGUAUUCUGUUUGUAAGGUCAAUGACCAUGAAUGAAUUGUUAAUAAAUUUCUUCAAUUAUCCUA